AAGCCAAAGCAUUUAUUUAUAAUACAAUAAUAACUCGUCUAGACAUCUGACAACCUAGACACUAAAAAUUAAUAGCCCACCGACAUUAAUUCCGCACAAUAAUUAGCUACCGUGCAAUUAAUUUAAAAGUAUAAUUAACCAACGAUAAAACAAAAAGUAGUGGGGAGUGAGAGGUUUUAUCCAGACAAGACCAAGACGAUUAUCAUAUUUUCUCAUUGCACGUUACGUAUUACGUAGACUCGGUCCUCACUGCUCGUAGUGUUGUCUCUCUGCUCUGGUGUUAAUCUUCGAUAGGAAAUUUGUACAUAUCGAUAUUUAUUUGCAGCAACUGUCUGUCUGCUGACGAUCAAUGAUCACAAUCAAAAAUGUCACCAGCAUACUGAUGAAUCUGGAGACUGGUGCACUGGACUAACAACGUUAUCGUCUGCUCAUUUAAUUAAAAUCCAACUCUUCAGCAAAAUGAUGGAGGGAACAUUAAGCCGGGGAACAUCACUGUCAGGUGACAGCAAUCUUUCAACUCAAGAACUUAGUCCACGGAUAGUUAUGUCAUUGGAAGAGAGAUUGAUAAUUGAACAUGAUAACUUGACAUCGAAAAAUAUAACACCAACGACACUGAGGACACCGACGACCAAAAAAGCAAAGCGCGUUAGAUUUUUUCGAAAUGGUGAUAAAUUUUAUACGGGUAUUGUUAUGGCAGUGACACCGGAACGUUAUCGUAGUUUUGACAGCUUGACAACGGAUUUAACGAGAGCACUGAUCUCAAAUGUAACUCUGCCAAAUGGAGUGCGUACUAUUUACUCGAUGGAUGGAAAGAAAGUGCUGAGUGUCAGUGAUCUGGAGGACGGCAAGUGCUACGUGGUGUCAGGUCACGGGGAAUUAUUUAAAAAAGUCGAGUACUCGUCGACGAAAGUACGCAGAGGCAGUUCGCUGUCAGGGCUACCGCAGUCUCCAGCUGGCACGGGCAGAGUUGUCACAAUCAUUCCUUUGUGUGUAAGAGCGCGGAUUAUCACGCUGAUAAGACACGGGAGCAAGCCGCGGAAAGUUCUGCGUCUGCUGUUGAAUAAACGGAACGCUGCCAGUUUGGAGCACGUGCUGGAGGCAAUAACCCAGACUGUGAAAUUAGAUUGUGGUGCUGUCAAACGCGUUUAUACUUUGUCCGGCAAGCUGGUGAUAUCACUGGAGCAGUUUUUCGAAGAUGAAGAAGUCUUCUUGGCGUACGGAAGCGAGAAGUCCACGCAGGAGGACUUUGAGCUGGAUGUUGAAGAGAGUAAGAGUGUCCAGAGUUUCAGACGCGGGCCCUGCGUGUCUAAGAGACAGAGUGGGCCUAUGCCGGUGAUGCCGAGGAAGACUGGCAAGCGUACGCUCACUGCUCCUCAGGUCAGGACACCCAGUCCCUCUAUUUUGACUCUGCCUCAACCUUUGAGGAUGCAUUACACUGUGGGACACGUCAUUGGUGAUGGCAACUUUGCUGUCGUCCGACACUGCACUCAUAAACAAAGUGGUGCUGAAUAUGCCAUGAAAAUUGUUGAUAAAUCAAAAUGUCAAGGCAAAGAGACAAUGCUAGCCAGUGAAGUCGCUAUUUUACGACAAGUUUGCCAUCCAAAUAUAAUCAGUCUUAUUUCUGAACAAGAAACUACUGAUCAGCUAUUUUUAGUCAUGGAACUUGUCAAGGGUGGAGAUUUAUUUGAUGCAAUAGCAGCAGCGACAAAAUUUUCUGAAGCCGAAGCAAGUGUCAUGAUUGGACACUUGACAUCAGCAUUAGCAUACUUGCACUUUCAUCAGAUAGUUCACCGCGAUGUAAAGCCGGAAAAUUUGCUUGUCGAGAUGGAAGGUAGCCAUGUAAGGUGCUUAAAACUAGGUGACUUUGGACUUGCACAGGUUGUGCGCGAGCCGCUUUAUACAGUAUGUGGAACACCUACAUAUGUUGCGCCCGAGAUACUUGAAGAGACGGGAUACGGAUUGAAGAUUGACGUAUGGGCAGCUGGUGUAAUUCUCUAUAUUCUGCUCUGCGGGUUUCCGCCAUUCGCGUCGCCUGAAAACGACCAAGAAGAAUUAUUUGAACGAAUUCUCGGUGGUCAAUAUGAGUUCAUCUCACCCUACUGGGACUCGAUAUCAGACUCUGCGAAACAACUGAUUUCAAACAUGCUUCAAGCGCAACCAGAGCUGAGAUUCAGCGCAGAAGAUGUUCUGGAUCACCCCUGGCUCGUGAGCUUUCUAGGAGGCGAGCAGUCCACAUCAGGAUGUAUUGCAUCCAGUGAAUCGCCGCAGCAACACAGGAAUCAGCAGUGUCAGCCGUUGAGGGUCAACACUUCCUUUGAGCUGAAUUCUUCGAAGCAGUGGGACAGCGACGAGGCUCCGGGAAUUUGCGAAUCCCCUAUCAGCAGACACCAGCCGUGGAGCGACGGGCCGAAGAAAAAUGUAAAAGUGUGUGAUGAAACGGACAGAUUUAAUGGUAACAGUAGUUUUAAUAAUGAGGAUCCGAUGUCAUUGAGUGCCGAGUGUCUGAAAGAAAUAAGUGUACUCACGACAUCAAUGCACGACCUUAUGCAUAAUAUUGAUGAUGACGACAUCUCGUUGGGUAAGAAAAAAAAUUCAAAGAGUGUCACAUCAUCGCUAAACAGUAUUUUAGAAAACGUAAAUUGUAAUAAAAAAAAUAAUAAUAAUGGAGGAUAUCAAAGUCCUGUUUCAAAUAAUUUACAUUCCACUAACAAGAGAAAUGGUAAUUCUCUGUCAGAUAUUCAUUCCAAAGCAAAUAAUAAAUUAAAAUCAACAGUAAUAACACCAACAUCAUCAUCAUCCUCAUACUCAUCGUCUAUUCGUAAUGACUGUCACCAAUUACAAGCGGAUAAAAAUUUAAGGUGCAAUAAUAGUAAUAAAAAAAUAAAAAAUAAUAUUUAUAAUAAUGUAGCUAACGGUGCUAAGGCCAGUAGACGUGAUAACGACAGUGACAACAAGUAUUCAUCUGUUGAAAAUUUUUCACAGUCAACGGAUGGUCUAAGUGUCAGCUCUGACAAUAAUAUCGAAACGUCAGACAGUUUCGUCAACAUCCAGUUCGCCAAGUACAGCAAAAAUAUCGGCGGCUGCUCCAGCAGUCAGAGCACUCAGUCAUCAGAAAGUCUUGAUAGUAUUCCGAUUCGCGGGACCAAAUUAAACCACACAGUCGAUAGUGGAGUCAAGAAAAUAAAUCAAGACAUCAGUCGGCAGGUUUUGAAGAGAAACCCAAAGUACAAUUUACGUCCAACGGCUAAUCGUAACUCGCGAUUGAUUGAAUCCUCUGGUGCAGCCGCAGCAACAAGUGCGACAAAGUCAAGUGGAGCUAAAAAUUCAUCACUUAUUCCAACCCUGAGAGUUAAUGACCAUAGUUUAUUGACUGAUAAUAAAUUAGAUAAUAAAAUAAAAAUAUCUGCUGGUGAUCAAGUUAAAUUACGUGAAAAAAAACAAACGGCUGUAAAACGCGACGGCAAUAAAAAACGUUUCAGUUGUUUUUCGAAUUACUCGACGAAGAAAUCACAUGAUGAUGCUGAGUCUGAUAAAUUAAAUAAUAGUGUACACGUAAGUAGUACACGGAAAUGCAGUUCGACAGAUGAGUUGAGAGAAGAUAAACAGGUGGGAGUUAAUAAAAAUAAUAUCAAAGCAAAUAGAUUUAGUUUGUACUACACACCGCAAUUACCGCGUAAAUCUUACGAGCUGGAUAGUACCGGUGGUAAAGUAACUGGAAAGUCGAUUAAAAAUUCAAAUGUAACGAGUGGUGGAUCAAGUAGACCAACCAGUUGGAAAAUUCCCGAGUCAUCUAGGCCAGCUGAUGAUCACGAGGCUAAACGCAAUAACCGGAAAUCGCUUGUUGAUACUUCGAGUUACUCUAGUGCUAAACGUGUUAACAAAAUUAAUAGACAGUCUGUUAAUUUGCAAGCGACAAUUAAUCCUGAAGGUAAAAUGAAAUAAAAAUUAAAAUCUAGAUUCAUAUCGUCGACUGCCACUAGAUUUUUUAAAAAUCUGCAUAAUGAUAAUGAUGAUGAUUAAUUAUUAAAAAUAAUUUUUUACCGGAAAUUUGUUUAGUUUAUUUAUUUAUUGAUUGGAGAUUUAUUUGUGUUGUAAUUAUUUAUAUUUGAUUAAAAUUUUUUUUUGUUUUUUUUUUUUCAUGAAUUUAUUAUUAUAUUUUUAAUGUAAUUUUAAAAUUAAUCAUCGAGUUUAUUUAAUUAAGAUUGUAAUGAAAAAUCUAAAUAUGCCAAAUGCAUUUUUAAAUUUAAGUAUUUUAUAUAUAUAUAUAUAAUAAGAUAAACGGUCUACAACAUAUGAGAGAGUUUAAAUAUAAGAGAACCUAAUUUAUGAAAAAGUAAAAUGUGCUUGAAGAUAUGACGGAGAGUAAUUUAUUGGAGUAAUUAUUAAUUUAAAAAUGAAUAAAGCUCAAGUAAUAAGUAACGUAAUGUUUACGAUCGACGAUAACGCUCAAUAAUAUUAUUAAUAAUAAUAAUAAUAAUAACAACAAUAAUAAUAAUAAUUAUAAUAACAGUAAUAAUAACGUCUAUAGAGCAAUUGAAAUAUUUUUAUACAAUUAAAAAUGUUAUUAAAUAUGAAGUAAUUAGUUUAUUAAUAUAACGAGCAAUACACGGCGAUCGUUGGUAAUGAGAGCUUUUAAUGCUUGUUAAAAUGACAAUUAUUUUUCAUGACACAUGAAAAAUAUUGUGUGUAACUCAGGACGAAAGAUGAUUUCAGACUACGAAUGAUGUCAGCCUUCACCGUGAUUUGAAAUUGUUUUAUUUCAUCCCUUGUCACACAAUAUACUACUCAACAGUAACAGGGAUUUGUAACCAAAUAAAUGGAAGCUAUUGAAAUUAAAUUAAUAUGUAGAAAAAUAUUUUUUUAUAUUUAUUUUUUUAUAAUUAAUCUCCGUUAUGUCUUCUAUUAUUAAGCACAAAACAUCUCCUGCCGUAAUUAUUAUUAUUAUAUUUUAAUUAUUAAUAUUUAAUACUAAUAAUUAUGAUAUUGAUAUUAAUAUUAAUUAGAUAUAAUAAUAAUAAUUUAAAUUGUAUAUAUUUAAAUAAUUUACAAAUUAAACAGCGAAGCUAUAAAUUAUAUUUUGAAAUGCGAUCACUGAUGAAUUGUCAAUUUGUAUCGCGCAAUUAGUCAGAAUUAUGUACUUCUUAUUAAUUAUCAAUUAUUAUUACUAUAUAUAUUUGAUUAAACUAAAAUAUUAAUUAUAGUUAUUAAAUUGCUGUAAGAACAAAUUGCGUGUUGUCGUGAUAGAUUUUUGUAGUGUUUUUAAAAGGAUAAGUGAUUCGCGCCAAAUAAUGAACAUAAUUAUGGAUUAUAUAUAUACAUAUUAAAUUAUUAAUUAUAACAGCAUAAUAUUAUGAUUAUUAUUAUUGUAAUUAUAAGAAUUCAGUAUCAAUAAGCGAGUAUGUAUUCAAUACCAAAAUUUUCAGUCUAAUUAUUUAUUUAUGUUCAAUCCGUCUUUAUAAUAAUUAUGUGUCUAUCU